AUGAAGGGUCACCUAAAACCUUUACUAUUGACCUUGAUGAUUGAAGGUCACGAGGUGAACAAGGUAUUGGUUGAUGGAGGUGCGGCUGUGAAUAUCUUGCCCAAGACAAUGCGAAAGAGGUUUGGGAAAUUGAUGACCGAUUUGAAGCCUCAUAAUAUAUUGAUCUCAGACUAUGCGGAAAAGUCUUCACACCCUAAAGGUAUGAUUCUGCUCGAUGUGCAGAUUGGAAGUGUGAAGAGGAUGACCAUGUUUAUCGUAACGCCAUCCAAGGCGAAUUUUAACGUCCUGCUAGGUCGAGAGUGGAUCCAUGGGGUAGGAGGUGUUCCUUCCACGGUGCAUCAAAAGAUCUUCUUCUGGAACGAUGAUGAAGGGUUGGAGGUUCUAUAUAUAGCAAAGGGAAGGUAA